CAGGCGGAGGAGACCGGGUCGGCCGGGGCAAGCCGCCGAGAGUAGCGGAGCCUGCCCUGCACGCCCGGGAGAGAAGUGGGAGGGAGGCAGAGUUAUGGGAGGCAGCGAGGAGUAAGUGAGCUUGGGUCCAACUCGAGGUCGGGCUCGGGACGGAGACUGGUGGACCAGGCCCCCGAGCCGGCGUUACACCCGCUCCGAGGAGCACUUGAGCGGACACACAGGGACGGACCGAGCGAGGACACAUGGCCUCGCCAUUCCUGCCUGCGGGGGCCACCACAGGCGACAGCGGCGGAGAGCUGAGCUCGGGGGACGACUCCGGUGAUGUGGAAUCCCUCCAGAGCCCCGAGACCGAGACGUCCGGGAGCCUGGCAGAGCUCUUUGAGAAGGCUGCAGCGCACCUCCAAGGCCUGGUUCAAGUGGCCAGCAGGGAGCAGCUCUUGUACCUGUAUGCCAGGUACAAGCAGGUCAAAGUUGGAAAUUGUAAUACUCCUAAACCAAGCUUCUUUGAUUUUGAAGGAAAGCAAAAAUGGGAAGCAUGGAAAGCACUUGGUGAUUCAAGCCCCAGUCAAGCAAUGCAGGAGUAUAUCGCAGAAGUUAAGAAAUUAGAUCCAGGUUGGAAUCCUCAGUCACCAGAGAAGAAAGGAAAAGAAGCAAAUACUGGUUUUGGUGGGCCUGUUGUUAGUUCUCUGUAUCACGAAGAAAUCAUCAGGGAAGAAGACAAAAACAUAUUUGAUUACUGCAGGGAAAACAACAUUGACCAUGUAACCGAAGUCAUCAAAUCGAAAAAUGUGGAUGUGAAUAUGAAAGAUGAAGAGGGCAGAGCUCUACUCCAUUGGGCAUGUGAUCGAGGACAUAAAGAACUAGUUACAGUCUUGCUACAAUAUAGAGCUGAUAUUAACUGUCAGGAUAAUGAAGGUCAAACAGCUCUACAUUAUGCUGCUGCCUGUGAGUUCUUGGACGUAGUGGAGCUACUGCUCCAGGCCGGCGCUGACCCCACACUCCGGGACCAGGACGGCUGCCUGCCGGAGGAGGUGACGGCUUGCAAAGCUGUGUCGUUGGCGUUGCAGCAGCACACGACUGGCAAGGCUUAAUCAAAAGACUGGAAAAGCACAGUCUGUAACCUCAGAGAGCUUCAAUGAUGAAGGAAAACUGCAAAAAUAAUACUUCUCUUACCACCCACCUUUGGUAUACAUUGGCUAAUAAAAUCAGUUCUGAGGAACUGGGA